CAGGGCCAGAAAUAUGUUUAUGAAUAUACUGGUGUGCUCUUUAUGUUCUUCUACUCUAGGCUCCAUCUGAACCACAUGGCCUAUUCCUCAGACGCAGUAUUGCUAUGGCACAUGUACUACUGCGAAUGAUCAUCCGGCCCAGACAGAAGCCGUAAAUGGUUUUGCUUUCCGCGGCUCGCCUGCGUUCCGUUUUUUAGCCCAACUUCCGCGCACCAUACGCUUUCGCUUUCCCGUCCAGUCAAAUACGGGGUGACAGCACGACGGCCAUUCUCAAAGAAAUGGCGAGCUCACGUCGGCACCCUGGUGUAGUUCCGGCUACGUUCUAUCCGGCGCCCUCAACGUGGUCCACAUCCGCUACAUUCUCGCGGAUCUACAUCUUCUCAAUAGCUCUUCUUUCGUGUAGUUGGACGACACCAGGCAAAAGCAGCUUCUUGGCAACAACCUCGCCGUCUUCGGCAGGAAGCAGUCGCGCUGCCAGCGUGGAUGAGUCAGAGCUGGUGGCAGUACUACAAGAAUCACAACGGGGAGUAGAAUCAGGCCGCAGCCCUCACGCAUUUCCAAGAAGUAUACGUGUUUUGUCGAAAUUUAGAAGUACAGCAAGCAGCGGUACUAGCUCUGCCAGCCCUAGUCCACCUCCGUGCAGUCGUGUUGCUAGCACCACUGUUCUUGCAGUUUGUUCGCAAUUUCCACCGCCGGGCCCAGACCCGAGACCUCUUGUUCCCAGAACUGCGCAUGUACUUCCACCAGAGAAAAGCACAAGUGAAAAGGACGAGGAACAAAGCGCUCAAGAACUCGUCGGUAGUUCAAGACAAGCAACUAGUACGGACACGUCAACUUCUUUCGUGCAGCCAGCUUCAUAUGAAUCAGGAUCAUCUGGAACCACCAGCAGCUCCUCCUCCGGCGAUACUAGCAACAGUAACCCGCGUGAAGAGCCGACUCUCCCUUGGUACGAGGAUUAUUUGCCGGACCGUUUGUAUCCCACGAAAGAACUGUUUCACUGUGGUGGUUGUGCAAAAUCUGCAUCACAAGUUUGUUACGCAUGACACUGAAAAUCUGUCAUGCGGGGUCCCUAAGGGAAAACACAGCUAGAAAUCCAUUGUCUUGCAUGUGUAGCAUGACACACACCUCUGUGAUCCAUUUUCUGCAUCACAAGGUCACAGUGAAGCAGUUUUUUCUUGCGAUAGUCUGCCUUGGAAAGAGCGCCAGCGUCGGUUUGAAGUGGCGAUGCAGUCGAAAAGCGACGAGACACUAUCCUAUGCAAAAUAGUUGUGUACAACUCGCACAUUGCAAUCGUGCAUGACAGAUGGUUUUUUCUUACCGGAAUCUGCAUCACAAAAUCCAUAUUCCAAUUCUGAAAAAAAUUAUGAUGCAAGUUGUGCAUUUAAUUGCUGUAGAAGUUGUACAAGAACGCUUUUGCAAAUGCAAUGCAUACACACUCCCACACUUUGACGACUUGGAUGACUACCUUGACCAGGAAUUUCCGUGGGUGCGUGGGUGGUCCAACCAAACGCACGCCAGGGCAGCGCCUUUUAGAGACCAGCGGGGAAGCAACUUUAUUUCCCGGGCGGAACAGGAAGCAGCGCCGUUGCAAACGACGCUUGCAGGACGAGGUGACGGGAGACUCGAAAGACCAGGAGGAGGUGGAGCAGCACCAACAUCUACUUCCAGCGGUUGCAACACGUGGUCGACCUCUUCCAAAACACCAGCACACCCAAGGAUGAACAGCAACGGGAGUUCUAGUUCGGCCCCCGCAAAUAAUGCAAAUGCAGCCCCCGCUUCUGCUCGCCUCCCCCCGUCCUCAAUCCCGACACCGCAACGUCCUGCGAGUGGCCGAACUGCAUUACAUCCACUAGUCAUGCUGGCACCGACGAGAAGACAAGCACCUACAAUGUCACAUCCGACGGGCAAUGCCUUGCUACGAAUCACCAGUGCGGUACCAGUUCCAACGGGGACCUUGCGAAGCGGUUUGCUACCCACUUGUUGUUCUGCAGGAGCGUCAGCAUCUACAUCUGCAGUGGCAUCAUCUUCAACCUCCGCUGUCAACACACCACUAUCAAAUGCAAAGAUUUCUGGGUCUGAAAAAGUGUUGAACUUGUAUUUCAUGUCUUGGAUAAUUCUUACAAAAUCUGUGUUGCAUGAGCAUGACGAAUAGAAGCGCGAGGACCGUGUGUGUUGUGUAAGAACACAGUUUGUAAUGCGCGCUACGCAAGCUCAUGCAAAAGCGCCCAAAAUAUUUGUAAUGCCUGGCUGCACGAGGAAGGCCAAGGCGGUUCAAUAAUGACCAAUCAGCAUCACAAGCUUCCACAGUCAGAUAUAUUCGCGUUUGAUAAACAUCUUCGUCGAGGACAAACAAUCCGUCAGGCAUCAAUCCGCUUCGCCGCACCAAUCCCAUCCGGAGCUUCUGCCAGCGCCGCACCACAACUGUCAGCGAGCAAGCGACUGCUGCAGCACUGACAACCACUACAGAUGUGCAGCAGCAGGGUGGCCAGCACGGUACUAGUAGUACAACAGCGGAGCAGCAGCUGCAGCCCGGUGAUAGUACCGCUAGGGCCUGGAUGAACAUGGCGCCUUCUGUUUCUGCCGCUUUUCGAUCUGGAAUCCCAAAUCAUCGCGAGCAACAAGAGGCGCCAGAUCGGUAUGGGUUUGACGGUGUAGUUAUGCCCGCAACUACUUCUUCUUCGUCACACCAUCCGGCUACAAUUUCCCCGCACGGCACAACUUUUCAUGCGGAAAAAAUCAACAGACACUCGUCUCGGAGAACUCCGGGCCCCGAGCCGCCGUCGCAGUCCUCGCGCACUGUGGCAAGAGCAUCGUCCCCGCGUGGAGGUGGUAGCAAUGAUCCUCGUGCAGCAACACCGGCGCAGGAGCAGACAAGCACUCGGAGAUCACGCACCGCAGGACCAGAACCGCCCUUGGAUCAGCAUGGUGCUAGCAAUGGUCCUCGUGCAGCAACUAUCCUGUGCAAAAGUAUCGUACUCGUAUUGCAGUCAUGCAUUACAAAUCCUUUUGUUGAGAUAAAUCCGCAUUACAAGUUUUAUUUCUCAUGCUGACGAAAUUUGUAAUGCAUUUAUACGAGUGCGAUAGGAUACUUUUGCAAUUCAUAGCAACACAGGCGGAGGAGCAGACGAGCACUCGGAGAUCACGCACCGCAGGACCAGAACCGCCCUUGGACCGGGCACGAUGGUUGGGAUAUCGCAUUGGCAAGUUUGUCAUGCUUGUCUGGCAUGACUGAAGAGUUUGUCAUGCGUGUCCAAGAAGAGACCCUUUUACUUGUCACGCAAAACGCAGUUUGUCAUGCGGAAAGCGCAACACUAAGUAGCCGCGCAAAUAUUUAUCGUGCUUGGCUGUGCAUUACAGAGCACUCACUAUUCACAACUCAGCAUUACAAGUUUCCAGACCCAGACAUAUUUGCAUGUCAUAAGAACACGCGCACCGCAGGACCGGAACCGCCCUUGGAGCGGGCACGAUGGUUGGGCUAUCGCACAGAAAAAAACUGUUUCACUUUGAAAUUCUAGCACGCAGGAGAGUAUAGUUGUAUCACAACAAGAAAAUUUGUCUCUGUGGCUACUGCUUUCGAAUUUUUAGGAAACGGUUAUUUUGCUUUUGCCCCUCCAAAGCAGCUACAGAGACCAGAUAGAAAUUCUUUGUAUCGAUCGAAAGUUCAAGUUGGGAUCACCGCGCGAUCUGCUCUAACGUUGUCACAGUGAAAGAGCUUUUUCUGUGCGAUACAAAGGCGUGAAAAUCUAGUAGGGUAGUCGUCCACCUCGCGGGGACCUUAAUUGCGUUCGGCGGGUAUUACUAGUCUAUUCUCAUGUGGAGGAAAUGAAUCAUAUCUAAAACUUGGCUUCUUAGCUCCUGUGAGUACUUUGCAGGAAGCCCUACAAAACAAAUAUAUGACCACACUUGGCGUUAGGCCCGGUCUCUGUUCAUCUACUUCGUUUUGUACAUCUUUGAUGCCUGGAUGUUUUCAAGAAAAAAUCAAAAAAUUUUGCAGAAUUAAUUUGUUUAUAUCAUUUUUAGAACCGUUUUGGUCAAUAUUGAUAUCAACAUUCGUCCGUUUUCGGCGGUGAAAACUAUGGUAUUAGUGUCUGCAAAAUGGAAAAGCCGACUGCUGUUUGCAAAACGAAAAGCGACAUAAAGAAGUUUUUUCUACUACAUUUUUGCACUUCUUUUUCCGGGUGCAGAUUCAAGUGCUCCCUGUUACCGAAGCUGCAUCAUCUCGUCGGUAGGACCGGAGCUGUGGGCUCUAGAAUUCACAGAGCAGAUGAACCACACGUAUUCAAAACGUAGUUUCACAUAGCAUGCGAAUUAAAAUCAAUUCGUUCACAAGUGGUAUUUAGAACAUGAU